AUGUUUUGUGUUUUGGACAGACAGUCAGGUGUUGCAGGUCUGCCGAAGCCCCUUUAUCGCAGCAGAGGGGUGCAGGUAUGGCGGUAUAGCAGAGCGGGCCAGGGGAGGCGGAGGGGGUUGGGGUGUCUGAGUUUCCAGACACUGCGGCAGGAGGCCAGACAGUCACCUGAGUGCUCUCUCACGUUAAAACACCUGUGCCACUUCUAUUCCUCAGGUCUGCGAGGCUCUGCAGGUGCCGCUGUCACAGUGAUUUUGGAGCUGUGA